AUGGAUUCCGCAAACCCAUUAGUCGAGGCCCUGCCGCCGGCCACUGACUAUCUCACCUAUCUUACUAUUCUUGAAUAUCAGUUGACUCGCCAGCGCCUGCCACUGUUGCAUGAACUCCUGCAGGAUGAGAAGCUCACUACAAACAUUGGCUGGGAUCUAGUCAAGCUGUUGCUUCCCAUGCUCCCAGCCUCAACAGAAUGCCUACAGGAUAUAGCACGACUGGGAAACCCACGAGAAGUCAUUCUGUGUGUGUCGGAGGCUCUCAUGGCGCUGCAGCCGGAUGACGAUGACGAUGAGGGAUCAUCCACUGUGAAGAGGCGCCGCCUUCCAGCGCAUAUUCUACGAUUCAACUGUCUACUAGGUAUGCUGUCGGUGCUUCAUCGUCGCAUUGAGACCAAAUCUCCUAGCCGUUUCAUGGCCACCUCGCUGCAGGCUGCCCUGGAAGCCUAUACCUCCAUGCCGACCGAUGAGACCACACUGGCCCUCCUCGAGUUCCUCCGCGAUGUUGCCCCAAGCAAACGUCCUACACCACCCCCACGAGCGAAUAGUGAUUUGAGUGUACUCCGAAUGGCCCAGGCAUCUGCACCAGAUCCCGAGGCGGAGGUCACGGUACCAUCUCCGGCUGCUGAUAAUGAAACGGCAUUGGUCCUAAAGUUCAUCCAAUUCGGCUUGAUUGAGCUCGUUAAGGCUUAUUUAUUGAGUUUUUCCAGUCCUUUGGAUCCUGGAAUGUCUUCAGCUGCACGUAUGCUGGAGCAUUUGCACCCUGAGUUACGAUUGCCUGAUCAGUCGCAGACUGAAGCGUUUACCACAACUAAAGAGCUUAAAGAGCGGGAUAUGAUCAUGGGCAAGAUUUUGGCUCUUUCCCGUGACGUUGGCAUAGACAGCAAUGACCUUUUGUCAAUUGUCUCCAAGUCACCAAUCAACCAGCCUCAACCGUUAGACUUCGAUGAUCCUCCCAAAUCCAUCGAUGAGAUACCUUUGGAGAGUCAUGGAUCUUUACUGCUCCUCGCUGCUCGUGCGGCAGGCGCUAAACUGUUUGCGGCUGCUUCCCCAAUGCGACAAUUACCUGUCUUUCCCGACCUGGCCGUUAUCUUCGACAAUUUCCUUGGAAAAAAUGAGUCUCUAGAAGAAGUUGCAUUUGAACAGCCGCAAGCACUCAUAGACUCCUUAUUAGCUUUGACGGUCAAUGCCAUGCAAGAGCCCAUCGUUACCCCUACUAACGAGACCGAAUUCAAGGACUUUGUCCUAUCUCUGACUUCCCUCUCGGCUAGACAGAGCUAUAGUCUUGUCCGUCAGAUUCCUGGUACCAUUGUGCGCAGCCACCCAUCAGAAACCACCCGGUUCAAGCUUAUUCGAACAGCCCUUGAAGAUGAGAAACUGCUUUUCUCUCGUGACAGUGCUAUUUCGUGGCUAAGAGAUGAACUUGUCGGGGAAUCCACCAAGUCUACUGACUCCAUCUUCCAUGAUCCUUUACACUUCUGGGCAAUAUUCCCUCUUUUGUUCAUUGCCACCCGUGAUCUCUCGACUACUAACCUUUUUGAAAGUUGGACCCGCCUUACACAGACACACGGCCCAUAUUUGCACUCCGCUCUGAGCCUAUACUACCUCCUGCUCUCUUCUCCCGCUCUCCGAGACAGCCUCCAUCUCGAAAAGACGAUAUUAUUCUUCCGCACUCAGGUUCUUAGUCCGCUUCGGACACAGUUCCGUGCUUUUGAGGAUGAUGUCAUUGCCAGCGGUGGUGAUGGAGUCAUUCAAGCUGUCGUUGGCGAGGAGGUGUGCCAGGCCGGGCUUGCGCGAUCUGCUGGACUGAUCGGGCUUACCCUUGAUCAGAUUGAGGAACUAUCAAAUGAUAUCUAUGGAACCGAUGACGCCGAUCUGAAAACAUAUUCGGAGGUAGAGGCAGCCAAGGUGGCGGAGAUCCGGAGCGAAUCACAAAGUUGGAACUAG